AUGAAAGAAGCCAGUGACUGCAGCUGCUGUGGCCUCUCUCCCCCUCUGCCUCACCCUCCACCCCCCUCCUCACCCCUCUGCCUCACCCUCCACCCCCCUCCUCACCCCUCUGCCUCACCCUCCACCCCCCUCCUCACCCUCUGCCUCACCCUCCACCCCCCUCCUCACCCCUCUGCCUCACCCUCCACCCCCCUCCUCACCCCUCUGCCUCACCCUCCACCCCCCUCCUCACCCCUCUGCCUCACCCUCCACCCCCCUCCUCACCCCUCUGCCUCACCCUCCACCCCCCUCCUCACCCCUCUGCCUCACCCUCCACCCCCCUCCUCACCCCUCUGCCUCACCCUCCACCCCCCUCCUCACCCCUCUGCCUCACCCUCCACCCCCCUCCUCACCCCUCUGCAUCACCCCAGCCUCCUGCAGCUCAUAAACACCUCCAUUACCCCUCCUUCCCAGUCUCUCUCUGUGUAUGUGUACGUGCUGGCAAAGUGGAAACAUCUCUGGAGACAAGCAGAUGGUGAGCCCCCCCAUCAGGACCAUUACAGCAGGCCCUCCAUAACCCUGCAGGUGUUCUCUGCCUUCCAUAACCCUGCAGGACCGGACAGCUCCUCAGACGGCUCCUCAGACAGACGGCUCCUAAGACAGACGGCUCCUCAGACAGACGGCGCCUCAGACAGACGGCUCCUCAGACAGACGGCUCCUCAGACAGACGGCUCCUCAGACAGACGGCUCCUCAGACAGACGGCUCCUCAGACAGACGGCUCCUCAGACAGACGGCUCCUAAGACAGACGGCUCCUCAGACAGACGGCUCCUCAGACAGACGGCUCCUCAGACAGACGGCUCCUCAGACAGAUCCUCAGACAGAUCCUCAGACAGCUCCUCAGAUGACUCCUCAGACGGCCCCUCAGACAGCUCCUCAGACAGCUCCUCAGACAGCUCCUCAGACAGACGGCUCCUCUGACGGCUCCUCAGACAGACGGCUCCUCUGA